AUGACGGCUGAAAUAACGACGACAGGAAUAUCGAAUGAUUUACAGCCGAAUUCUUCGAUAGACUUGAUGAAUCUAUCUUCGGAUAUUAUUGAAAGUACAACUGCAACAACAAAUUCCCUGUUGGACUCUAUAGACGUGAAUGAACCACCGACGAAAAAAUGUAAAGUCACAACAAAUGAAAAGCCUCGUUUACUUGAAGAUCGAAUUGGCUCGAUUUUAUCAUGCUGCAUCUGUUUGGAUCUUUCGACCCUUCCGAUAUAUCAAUGCGUCAAUGGACAUCUAAUGUGUGCUUCAUGUUUUAAUCAUCUAUUAGCAGAUUGCAAAUUGAAAGACGAACAGACAACAUGUCCGAAUUGUCGUUGUGAAAUUUCAAAAUCUAAUUGUACCCGAAAUUUAGCUGUCGAAAAAACGAUCUCCGAACUACCGAUUCAGUGCGAUUAUUGUUUACAAACUUAUUUACGUUCCGAGAUCAAAGCUCAUCGAAUUCAGAACUGUGCUGAACGACCAGUCGUAUGUGACUAUUCAUUACUUGGUUGCAAUUGGAACGGACCAUUUCACACAUUAUCAUCACAUUUAACGGUAUGUGAAUACCCAUCGAAAACUGGCUUAGAACUAAUCGAAACAAUUCAAGCACAAAAACGGGCGUAUGAUGAGGAGAAAAAGUGUCUUGAAACGGUUGUGGAUUUAUUAUCAUUGAAUCAAAUUGGAGUUAGCGAUUUGAUUCUCAAGCCGUUUCGAACGGAUGAUUUUGUUGCUAAACUUUAUUUUGAAACAUCUCGUUUUACUGCCUUGCAAUAUCAGUGGCAAGUCCGUGCACGCAUCAACGAUAAUAAUCCUCAUCCUCAUACAACGGUCAACCGGUCAUUAAGUUAUCAAUUGGUGUUAAAAUCGAAAAUAAGCCAAACAAUUGAUUUGAAAUUUUUCCUUCUCAAAGGUCCACACGGCGACCCAUCGACAUCGCAAGUUCAACCGAUUAUCUAUCAUUUCGAAUUCAAUCCAAACAAUACGGAAACUGAAUAUUUAAAACUGCCCAUUACAUCUCAAGAAUGUAAUCGAAUGUUAUCAUCAUCAUCGAUUAGCUUUCGUUUACUCAUGGUUCAACUAGACAAACCAUGA